AUGUCGGACACAGAGAGAUUGGUGAAUACGGAAGGAUCAGAGGGCGAACAAAGGUCGGAGGGUGACCGCCCCGCUACAUCGGAAAGAGAAGCUUACUUCCAGGCUUUACGACUAUGGAUUCAACAAGCGCAGAUGUACCAAAACAUAUCGACAUGUUUCCCAUACUAUAUGAUGACUUUACAAGGACUCCAGAACAAUACAACAAAUGUUCCUUUAUUAAAUAAUAACUAUCAAUUUCAUGGUCAAAACUUCCCAUUCCAAGUCCCAAUUCAGGCUCGUCCUCCUGGAGAAAAUCAAGCUCAACCUGAACCAUUCUCACCAGCUGAAGUUAUAGCUAGACAUGGAGGCUAUGAAUAUGUGAUACCACCUCUAUAUAAAAGGAUGAUUGCGGAGUUCAUUGAUUUCUUGCUGCUCUUCAUUCUUAAAUUGAUUGUGACCUGUAUCGCUGUUGAUUUGUUUGGGUUAAUUGACUUGGAUAAGUUUGAUUUCUACAAAUUCAGUGAAGCCUAUGAUGAUUACAAAUAUGCUUUGGAACUCACAACGGAACUACUCUUCUUGGAAAUCAUUUAUAGAGCUCUGGUUUGCGUAUUUGAGGCUUUCUGCUUAAGUAGCAGUGUGGGAAGAACAGGGGGUGCUACGCCUGGCAAAGCUCUGCUUGGUCUGAGAGUGGUGACCGCUUCAGCCAUAAUACCAGUGGAAGGUAGACCCCGCGAGACAGUUCUGUUACAUCCCGGCAAACCUUUGAGUUUCCUUCUAGCAUUAACACGCUCCUUAAUAAAGAACUUCCUCAUCACCCUGUUAUUUCCACUAUGCCUCAUUCUGUUUGUUUUCCGUCACAAUCGCACCGGAUAUGAUCUAGCAUGUGGCGUUCUUGUUGUCGAAGAAAAUAUGUUCCCACCAAGGCGGCAUGCACCGUAA